CAAACUAGCUAGGCUGCUUUAGCGAAGCGGCUAGUUAUUAAGGGCUAAUCUGUGCUGCACAUGGGUGCUGAUGAUGCGCCGUCAUUGCAGCUGGGCAAUUAACCUGCAGGAGAAACCGCCGCUGCGUUUUUUUCUCUAAGCCAUGUUUUAAAUGACAAGGAGAAGGAUUGUGCGUUUUUACCAUCGCGCUUCCGUAUAAAGAAAGAAAGGGAGUAAAACGCGCUGAGAUGGGAGAGUUUCAGGGCUGUGCUCCGGGCCGGGUUACAGUGUAUUCGGUCCAGGGCUGCUCACAGUGUGCACAGGCUAAGGCCGUCCUCAGGCGCCUGGAGGUACCGGUCCGUGACGUGGAUGUGGGGAGGCACCCCGAGCUCAGAACCAGGCUGAAGGAGCUGACGGGCUCCGUCACAGUCCCUCAGAUCUUCUUUAACAACGUUCACGUGGGCGGCGGCAUUGACCUGCAGAAACUGGCUCCUGCGGAGCUCGAGAGGUUGGUGACUCUGGUCAAAGAGCAGCCUUUUCCAGCAGACGCUCCACCACUACCAGAGGAGAACAAGUCAACAGGCACAGGAGGGAUUGAUGGAGCGGCCAAGCUCUCUUUGCUUUUACGGGAGAUGAUACUGAAACUAUUCUCCGAGCAUCUCUCCGCUGACGGCAAGACUGUGGACUAUGAGGGCAUGUCUCUGAACCCUGCCUUCGAGCGCUACUGUGAGCUAGCCAUUCAGCUGCAGCGGGUGGAGCUGCUGUCACUGAGCCGAGAGGAGAAGCUGGCCUUCUUCAUCAACAUCUACAAUGCCCUGGUCAUCCACGGGUACCUACGACUGGGACCCCCCUCCAACAUCUGGCAACGAUACAGGUUCUUUAACUACGUGAGCUACUUUAUCGGAGGAGAGGUGUUUACACUACAGGACAUUGAGAACGGCGUGCUGCGGGGGAACAGAAAAGGCGUUGCACAGCUUCGACGUCCCUUCUCCAAAUCGGACCCUCGGCUACAAGUGGCGCUUCCAGACGCUGAGCCCCUCGUUCACUUUGCCCUGAACUGUGGCGCCAAGGGCUGCCCCCCUAUUAAAACAUACACUCCCCAGGACAUCGACAGCCAGCUCCGCACAGCAGCUGAAGCCUUCCUGGGGAACGACAGUGGCUGCGUGGUGGAUUGCGAAAAGAGAGAAGUGCGACUCAGUCAGAUAUUCAAAUGGUACAAGGCUGAUUUUGGAGGCACUGAUGAGAAAUUAAUCACUUAUUCUCCAUCAGCUGCUGAGCUGGGUGCUGGACCACAUGGGCGAGUCUCCAAAGAAGACGAGCCUGCAGGACGUUCUGUCGGCUGGGAAGACCAAAGUCAGCUUCCUCCCCUACGACUGGAGCUCCAACAGCAUCCACUCAGCGUGAAGGCACAAACGCACCUCCACGCUUUACACUGUGUCAUCACAUCUGUCCUCUUUCUACAGAGCUGCAUCAAGUUACAUCCACUAGUCUCCAAACAGCCAUACAAAUGUUAUUAUGCAAAACCUUUAAGUCCUCCUGGUGAAAAGGACAUGUUUGCACUGUACCACUGAAUCAUGGUUCUCUUAUAAAUAUAACAACAGCUGAAAUAAGGGUUAGGGUUUAUUCCAUGAGCAGCACAAACACCGCAUUGGUAAAGAGAAAGUUUCUGUUUUAUUAAUAAGGUUUAAUACUUAAUAGCAGCCUGACAUUAAAUGUGAAAUUCUGAAAUAAUUCUCACAACUUAUAGAUUAUUACCAAAUGCUUUUUAACUGUAGUAGCAGUGAGUGACCUGCAUCCUCUGUGUGUCCAUAUUAAGGACCAACAGGCAGAUUCUCACUCCCGCUCUACUGUUUAAUUUCUCAUCUCUGCUGUAAAUUCGUUUCUCCUUCUCUUCAUGUGAACCUGUGUCGUUGUUGAGCUUUUGUGGAUCCAGGUCUUCCAUUUUAUAUUAAAGACCCUUAUAUAUAUUUCAAGACAACACCAUUUUAGGAUGCACUUUGACACUUUGCAUGCUACUGCAAACUCUAAAUGCUGCUGAAACAUGUUUGUACGUUUUUCCACCGAAAAAUUGUUUAAGUUAUGCAAAAAACAGUGUUCCUGCAUGUCAGCAGAAAACAUGCACGGUGCUUUAAAAUUAUCUUGUAUUUACCCAAACCAGCUGUCAUGAAUGCAGCAAGAUAGUUCUACUUGUUUUUAGUUUUUUCGAUUGGCAGUUUUCAUGUAGAGACACAAUGUGGCCCUGUUUCAGGGCAUUUUCUCAAAAUUUAAAUUUAGUUUAAAAAAAAUAAAUGCUUUCUCAAUUUUUAAAAUGUUUUUUUUUUAUCUAAUAUUUCUUCAGGUCAAAUAAAUAUAUGCAAGUUUUAUAUAGUGAUGUUCAUGAAUCCUGUGUACAAAUUGCACUUAAUUAGCAUGUGUUACAACUGGAAUGCAUUUGUAGCAUAGGCAUCUUGGGUUCUGUAGCUGGACAGCCUCUUUGAGGCUCCUUCUUUUCUUACCCUGGAUGCUUAAAACUAAGCAUUUACCUGUUAUAAAUGUCAGAAUGCAAUACUGUAAGGUAGUGACAGCUUAUCCACCUAGAAUUGGAUUUCAGCUAAAAUAAACAUUGCUCAAUUUUAACGGGAGACUGUAUUUCUAUAUUUUUUAAAAAUGUUCAAUGACCUGUGCUCUUUAUUGUACUUAACUAAUGUUGGUUAAAAGUUGAAAACUAUAGUAAAUAAGAAGCAAAGCAGUACAAUUAAUCAAUACUGAUGCACCCCCCUUUGAUCAAAUGACUUAAUGUCUAUCAGGAACAGAAUUACAAAUAUAUAAAAAAUGUUUCCUCUUUUCUGAGUGUUAAUAAAGCAAUAUUUGUUUAUAGUAAAUGCAACUACAAUAAAGUUAAGUAGUAUUAAGUCAGACUGGAUUCUGUUCCACUGUCAUUAAAUUGUUGCUUUGAAGCCAAACACAUGAGAAAAACUGUUUAUGUGCAGAAAUAAUAAAAUGCUUGAAAUGUGAUUCAUCCACAAUGACA